CUUCCCCUCCUUCCCCUGCUCCCGCGCCGCCUCGCGUCUCCCGCCCGCUGUAGCCGGCGAGGAGCGCCGCACGUUGGCCCCGGCGCGAGGAGCUCCCGGGUUCCCGGGCGGGCACUGGAGUAAGGACCUGCGAGCGCAGCCCGAGGCGGGGCACGGCGGAAGGCGCGGCGAGAGCGGGGUCCCUGCGAGCGCAGUCCGAAGGGCGUCCAGGAGAAGGGGGACGCCGUCCCCGCCCCUGCACGGUGCUCGGCCCCCUCGGGCUCCGCGCGCGGCUACAACCCGGACUGGGCGCGCCCCCGGCAUCCCGCAUCUCUGCGCGCGUCCCACAUCCCGCAUCCCGCAUCCCGGCGGCCGGGCAUGUAGCAGCGGCAGCAACGGCGGAAUAUGGGCGGGAACCACUCCCACAAGCCCCCCGUGUUUGACGAGAAUGAGGAAGUCAACUUUGACCAUUUUCAGAUUCUGCGGGCCAUUGGUAAAGGGAGUUUUGGAAAGGUAUGCAUCGUGCAGAAGCGAGACACUAAGAAAAUGUAUGCAAUGAAGUACAUGAACAAGCAGAAGUGCAUCGAGAGGGAUGAGGUUCGGAAUGUCUUCCGGGAGCUGCAGAUCAUGCAAGGGCUGGAGCACCCCUUCCUGGUCAAUCUGUGGUACUCCUUCCAGGAUGAGGAGGACAUGUUCAUGGUGGUGGACCUGCUCCUGGGAGGCGACCUGCGCUACCAUCUGCAGCAGAAUGUGCAUUUCACAGAGGGGACUGUGAAACUCUACAUCUGUGAGCUGGCACUGGCCCUGGAGUAUCUUCAGAGGUACCACAUCAUCCACAGAGACAUCAAGCCAGACAAUAUCCUGCUGGAUGAACACGGACAUGUUCACAUUACAGACUUCAACAUAGCGACGGUAGUGAAAGGAGCAGAAAGGGCUUCCUCCAUGGCUGGCACCAAGCCCUACAUGGCUCCAGAAGUAUUCCAGGUGUACAUGGACGGAGGCCCCGGAUACUCGUACCCUGUCGACUGGUGGUCCCUGGGCAUCACAGCCUAUGAGCUGCUGCGGGGCUGGAGGCCGUACGAAAUCCACUCGGCCACGCCCAUCGAUGAAAUCCUCAACAUGUUCAAGGUGGAGCGUGUCCACUACUCCUCCACGUGGUGCAAGGGGAUGGUGGCCCUGCUGAGGAAGCUCCUGACCAAGGAUCCUGAGAGCCGCGUGUCCAGCCUUCAUGACAUACAGAGCGUGCCCUACUUGGCCGACAUGAACUGGGACGCGGUGUUCGAGAAGGCACUGAUGCCCGGCUUUGUGCCCAAUAAAGGGAGGUUGAAUUGCGAUCCCACAUUUGAGCUUGAAGAGAUGAUUCUAGAAUCCAAGCCACUUCACAAAAAGAAGAAGCGGUUGGCAAAGAACAGAUCCAGGGAUGGCACGAAGGACAGCUGCCCGCUGAAUGGACACCUGCAGCAGUGUUUGGAGACUGUCCGGAAGGAAUUCAUCGUAUUCAACAGAGAGAAGCUCAGGAGGCAGCAGGGACAGGGCAGCCAGCUCUUGGACACCGACAGCCGAGGGGGAGGCCAGGCCCAAAGCAAGCUCCAGGACGGGUGCAACAACAACCUCCUCACCCACACCUGCACCCGUGGCUGCAGCAGCUGAGCCCACACUUGUUGCUGCUCAACAGGACCGCACUCGUCUCUGCCCUGCCCACCCAGAGCCCCUCUUUGUGCCCUGAUGGUCCCUGUCUCACCCCUGAAAACAUCAGAUGCAGAAAAAGCCCUGGACUUGGAGCUGGGAAGCCUGGGUUCUGGUCCCAUCUCCAUGACUGAUUCACAUGUGACCUCAGACAAGUCACGCCCUCUCUGUGCCUCCGUUUUCUGCAUCUGCCACAGGGGUUAAACACUUCUGCCCCACUUCAAAUUACAAGAUUAUGGGGAGAACCCAAUUAGGUAGGAAACAUGAAAAACCUUUGAUAUUUCUAAAAUCAUUUUUACGUGCAAAAUAUAACCUUAAUAUUUGAAGUGACCCCUAUUCCCCAAAGCAAUCAAACUGUAAUGACUUUGCAAUUUGGCACAUCCUAGCUUGUUAGAGGGCACUUCCGAAAAACACAGCCCUGACAGCAAAAUAAAGGUCUGAUAUGUUGGCCCCUUCUAUGGAAACAACGCUGCCAAA